GAGGAUUUUGCAGAUAAUAUUUUCCCAUUUUAAAAUCACAAUUGAGUUAAAAAAAAAAAGAAUUUUGAAAAUAAAUGAAUGAAAUGGAUAUUAGGGUAUAAGAGAAAUAGGAAAGAAAAUGAAGAGUUAGAAUUUUGGUGGCAGUUUUUCUGCUUGUGUAUCAUCUUCUAUACGCAGGACGGGUGGAAUUUUACGGCGAAGGUUUUACAAUGCCUCAUAGAACCAGACCCAUGACUGCACUCUUGUUGUUUACUUCGCUAAACGCAGUUUUGUGUGCAACCAUUACACCCGUCUAUGAUUUCGUUUGCUUUCUUCCUUACUGGGAAAGAAGGAGGGAAAGGCGUCGUCUGGAACGUGAAGCUUCUAACCAUCAAAGGAUGUAGAAGAUGAUGAAAAAUGAACAAUAUCUAUAUUCAUGAUGUGUGAACUAGUGAUUGAAGAAAUGUAGAGCUUAUGCUGUGAGAUUUUUUUUUUUUUUGAAGUGUUGUAUGAGUUAGAAUAGUUAUAUCAUGUUUUGGAGGGUUUUGAAUGAACAAUAUCUAUAUUUAUGAUGUGUGAAUAAAAGUUGUGAUCGAAGAAACAUGGAGCUUUUUAAUUGUGUUUUUUCCUUGAAUAAUGUAAAAGUUUUCAUUUGCACUAUGGAUUGAAUAUUAGAUCUGAUUUCUUGGACCAA